AUGGUGAGUGUCUUCACGAAAUAUAAAGAAUUUGAGAAAGAAGUGGCAAUAGAAGAAAUCGAUGGGCUACAACUUGUAAAAAAACUUGCCAAGGACAUGGAAGAAAUGUUCCAUAAGAAGGCAGAGGCAGUCAGGCGACUUGUCGAGGCUGCAGAGGAAGCACAUUUGAAGCAUGAAUUUGAUGCCGAACUCCAGUAUGAAUACUUCAAUGCUGUUUUAAUUAAUGAGAAAGAUGAAGAAGGAAAUUAUGUCGACCUUGGGAAGGAGUUUUUAUUAUUACCAAAUGACCAUUUCAAUCAUUUGCCAGUCAAUAUCACUCUGAGCGAUGUCCAAGUGCCAACGAAUGUCUACAACAAAGAUCCAGAAAUUGUAAAUGGGAUUUAUUGGUCGGAAUCAUUGAACAAAGUGUUUGUAGACAACUUUGAUCGCGAUCCUUCCCUCAUAUGGCAAUAUUUCGGAAGUGCAAAGGGAUUUUUUCGACAGUAUCCUGGUAUUAAAUGGGAGCCAGAUGAGAACGGAGUUAUCGCGUUUGACUGCAGGAAUCGAAAAUGGUACAUCCAGGCAGCUACCUCUCCGAAAGAUGUGGUUAUUUUAGUUGACGUCAGUGGUAGCAUGAAAGGACUACGCUUGACAAUUGCUAAACAGACAGUUUCCUCUAUUUUGGACACCCUUGGAGAUGAUGAUUUCUUCAACAUAAUUGCUUACAACGAAGAGCUGCAAUAUGUGGAACCCUGUCUCAAUGGAACAUUAGUUCAAGCUGAUAGAAACAACAAAGAGCAUUUCAGAGAACAUUUGGACAAACUUUCGGCAAAAGGCAUUGGGAUGCUGGAUAUGGCGUUAACUGAGGCUUUUGAUUUGCUGAAUGAUUUCAACCACACAGGCGAGGGGAGUAUAUGCAGUCAGGCUAUAAUGCUGAUCGCGGAUGGAGCUGUGGAUACGUAUGAUACAAUAUUUGCCAAAUACAACUGGCCAGACAGAAAGGUUCGGAUUUUCACGUACUUGAUUGGAAGAGAAGCUGCUUUUGCUGAUAAUCUUAAGUGGAUGGCUUGCGCUAAUAAAGGGUUCUUUACCCAGAUAUCCACACUUGCUGACGUACAGGAGAAUGUCAUGGCUUAUCUACAUGUCUUGAGCCGGCCAAAGGUUAUCGACCAGGAGCAUGACGUUGUGUGGACAGAAGCAUAUGUUGACAACACACUCCCUCAGGCUCAAAAGCUUGCCGAUGAUCAGGGUUUGGUUUUGAUGACGACGGUUGCUAUGCCAGUAUUUAGUAAAGAGAAUGAAACUAGAUCAAAGGGGGUUUUGCUAGGUGUGGUAGGCACAGAUGUUCCCGUGAAAGAACUCUUAAAGGCCAUUCCAAAAUAUAAGCUGGGAAUUCACGGAUACGCAUUUGCUAUAACAAACAAUGGAUAUAUUCUGACGCACCCAGAGCUGAGGCCACUGUAUGAAGAGGGGAAAAAAAGAAGAAAACCAAACUACAGUAGUGUUGACUUAUCAGAAGUUGAAUGGGAAGAUCGUGAUGAUGUGCUGCGAAAUGCGAUGGUAAAUAGGAAAACAGGAAAAUUUUCAAUGGAAGUCAAAAAGACAGUAGACAAAGGGAAGCGUGUAUUGGUGAUGACAAAUGAUUACUAUUACACAGAUAUCAAGGGUACACCUUUUAGUUUGGGUGUGGUUCUCUCAAGAGGACACGGGAAAUACUUCUUCAGAGGAAAUGUAACUACAGAAGAUGGGCUGCAUGACUUGGACCAUCCUGAUGUUUUCUUGGCUGAUGAAUGGUCCUACUGUAAUAUCGACUACCAUCCAAAGCACCGGCACUUAUCUCAGUUAGAAGCCAUAAAAAUCUACCUCACAGGAAAAGAGCCAUUGCUGCAGUGUGACAAGGAUCUUAUACAAGAAGUGUUGUUUGAUGCCGUUGUUAGUGCACCUUUAGAGGCAUAUUGGACCAGUCUAGCACUGAAUAAAUCUGAAAAUUCAGACAAAGGCGUUGAAGUUGCAUUUCUUGGAACACGUACUGGUCUUUCUCGCGUGAACCUGUUUGUGGGUCCAGAACAGCUCACCAAUCAAGACUUCCUCACGUCUGAUGACAAGGAGAGCAUCUUUAAUGCCGACCAUUUUCCGUUGUGGUAUCGAAGAGCUGCAGAACAGAUCCCCGGCAGUUUUGUCUAUUCUAUUCCAUUUAGUACAGGAUCAGAAAACAGAAGUAAUGUGGUUACUGCAAGCACAGCCGUUCAACUCCUCGAUGAUCGGAAAUCUCCCGUAGUGGCAGCUGUAGGAAUCCAGAUGAAACUUGAAUUUUUCCAGAGGAAAUUUUGGAUUGCCAGCAGACAGUGUGCAUCCCUGGAUGGAAAGUGUUCCAAAAGUUGUGAUGAUGAAGUUAUCAACUGCUACCUCAUUGACAAUAAUGGAUUUAUCCUGGUAUCUGAAGACUACAGGCAGACUGGAAGCUUUUUUGGUGAAGUUGAAGGCGCAGUGAUGAAUAAAUUGUUAACAAUGGGGUCGUUUAAAAGAAUUACAUUAUAUGACUAUCAAGCUAUGUGUCGAACUAACAAGGAAAGCAGAGACAGUGCUCAUAGUUUACUAGACCCAUAUAAUGCCUUCUUUGCUGCGGUAAAAUGGAUGAUGACAGAACUUAUCCUGUUUCUGGUGGAAUUUAAUCUAUGCAGUUGGUGGAAUUCAGGUCAUACAGUUAAAGCACAAAGAUUGAAACAGACCCUGGAACCUUGCGAUACGGAGUAUCCAGCAUUUGUAUCUGAACGCACAAUAAAAGAGACAACAGGCACCAUAGCAUGUGAAGAUUGUUCAAAGUCGUUCGUGAUCCAGCAAAUUCCCAGCAGCAAUCUCUUCAUGGUGGUUGUGGAUAAUGUAUGCAGUUGUAGUUCUGUUUCCCCAAUUACUAUGGCACCUAUUGAAAUUAGGUAUAAUGAAUCUCUCAAAUGUGAACGCUUAAAAUCCCAGAAGAUACGAAGGCGUCCAGAAGCUUGCCAUGGUUUUCAUCCUGAAGAAAAUGCAAGGGAAUGCGGUGGAGCUUUUGGCAUCUGUUCCCAGCCACUAACAAUGCUGCUAUCACUUCUAAUGAUAUAUUUCUCAAGGUGACCUCCACUGAUCUGAUCACUUGGCAUGCUACAUACAUGGAUAAACUGUGAACUGAGACUGUUGAUGCAGUAUAGAAGACAAGAAAUAUAGUCAAAACAUCAGCAUUUCAUGAGCUGUUGAAGAAAAUAAAAAAAUAACUGAUACAAUACAAGACUAUUAUCUUCUAACUUCGCAACUCAUUCAGCUGUGAAUUUUUCAUUCAAUAUUCACACUUCAUUAACACUGGACAAAAGACCCUGGCGAUCAUCAUUUUCUGCUUUUUCCCAUCAAAAUAAUUUAAAAUGGUGUACUUUUUCAAUAAAGUAUAUUAAAAUCAUAA